AGGCUGCGGUAAAAUCUUCCCUCGGUUAUUCGUUUUGUGAGUGGAAAUGGCCACCUUACUCUCACAAAUCACUUUCAAACUGACGCACACCAUGACGACACCUAACCGACGGCGAACAGUUCCUCCACGCGGAGCCGGGAGCGUCGCCGUAUCAGUAUCCUCGCCUCAGCGGCGAAGGAGGGGGAGAAAGCCCCAAACGAGGAACCAUCCAAAGACGGCUGAGGAUGAUGACGGUGGCGGCGCCUUGAUGGAUUCCGGGACUGAGAAGGGGCUCAGGCUAGUGUUCAUGGAGGAGCUAAUGCAGCGUGCUCGGAAGGCUGACGCUCCUGGUGUCUCCGAAGUCAUAUAUGAUAUGAUUGCUGCUGGACUCUACCCCGGACCUCGCUCUUUCCAUGGACUGGUCGUUUCUCACGUCCUCAACCUCGACGAGGAGGGAGCUAUGCAUGCUCUAAAAAGGGAGUUGAGUGAAGGUCUACGGCCUGUCCAUGAAACUUUGGUGGCAUUGAUUCGUUUGUUUGGUUCAAAGGGACUUUUGACAAGAGGCUUAGAAAUUCUCUCAGCAAUGGAAAAACUGAAGUACGACAUUCGCCCCGCCUGGCUAAUUCUUAGGAACUUGUACGAAGCAACCAUCUGGAAAGUGCCAAUAAGGUGUUUCUAAAGGGUGCCGAAGGUGGGCUUAGAGCUACUGACCAGAUUUAUGAUCUUCUAAUCGAAGAAGAUUGUAAGGCAGGAGAUCACUCAAAUGCAUUAACCAUUGCCUAUGAGAUGGAGGCUGCUGGAAGAAUGGCUACCACUUUCCAUUUCAAUUGUCUUUUGAGUGUGCAGGCUACGUGUGGCAUACCUGAAAUUGCAUUUACAACCUUCGAAAACAUGGAAUAUGGAGAAGACUUUAUGAAGCCCAAUACUGAGACGUAUAAUUGGGUGAUCCAAGCAUAUACAAGGGCAGAAACUUAUGAUAGGGUGCAAGAUGUUGCUGAGCUACUUGGCAUGAUGGUUGAAGACCAUAAAUGUUUGCAACCUAACAUGAGAACUUAUGCUUUGUUGGUGGAAUGUUUUACCAAGUAUUGUGUCAUACGCGAAGCCAUUCGACAUUUCCGAGCACUAAAAGGAAUUGAAGGUGGAAUUAGACUAUUACAUAAUGAGGGGAAACAUGGCGACCCACUUUCAUUGUAUCUUCGUGCUCUUUGUAGAGAAGGAAGAAUUGUUGACUUACUGGAAGCUCUGGAAGCUAUGGUAAAAGAUAACCAGCCGAUUCCGCCAAGAGCAAUGUUUCUGAACAGAAAAUAUCGUACUUUAGUUAGCUCAUGGAUUGAGCCUUUGCAAGAAGAGACUGAACUUGGAUAUGAGAUUGAUUACAUAGCCAGGUUGGUCUGAUAGUUCCUGGCUUUUAAUCCUUACUAAAGUGACCAAAGAAUUCAGGUAUGUUGCAGAAGGUGGACUUACUGGUGAGCGCAAAAGAUGGGUUCCACGAAGGGGUAAAACUCCUCUAGAUCCUGAUGCCGAAGGAUUUAUUUAUUCCAAUCCCAGAGAAACCUCCUUUAAACAAAGGUGUCUUGAAGACUGGAGGACACAUCACAAAAAGCUUUUGACUACCUUACGCAAUGAAGGACCUGCCAUAAUGGGAAACAUAUCUGAAUCUGAUUACGUACGUGUUGUGGAAAGACUAAAGGAAAUUAUUAGUGUUACCAAGCAGAAGGUUUUGAAACCAAAAGCUGCAAGUAAAAUGGUUGUGUCUGAGCUAAGGGAAGAACUGGAAGCACAGGGACUUCCAAUGGAUGGAAAAAGAAAUGUGCUCUACCAGCGAGUGCAGAAAGCAAGGAGGAUAAAUCUUUCAAGAGGACGGCCACUAUGGGUUCCUCCAGUUGAAGAGCAAGAAGAAGAGGUUGAUGAAGAGAUAGAUGAAUUGAUUUCACGCAUCAAGGUGCAAGAGGGAAAUACUGAGUUCUGGAGAAAACGUUUUCUGGGAGAAUGCCUAAAUGGAAAUAACAGUCAGGAAAUGGAAGUAAAAACCUCAGAACCCGCUGAUGUCUUGGAUGAUGAUGGUAUUGUUAGUGAUGGGAAAGAUGUUGAAGAUGGUGAGACAGAUGAUGAUGAGGAGGAGGAGGAGGAGGAUGAGGAGGAGGAGGAUGAGGAGGAAGUAGAGGUGCAUCUAGAAGCAGAGCAAACUGAAGCCCAGGUAGAAGGAGGUGAUAGGCUCAAAGAUGGAGAAUCUAAACCGUCCAGCCCUCCUCAAAUGAUUGGAGUACAGUUGAUGAAAGAAUUCGAACAAACAGCUACUUAUUCAAAAAAAUCUAGAAGGUUUCGACUUUCUGCAACAGAUGACGAUGAUGAAGACUGGUUCCCAUUGGAUAUAAAUGAGGCACUAAAGGAGCUGAGGAAAAGAAAGGUUUUUGACGUGGAAGAUAUCUACACAAUUGCUGAUGUUUGGGGUUGGACAUGGGAAAAGGAACUUAGGAACAAAGCUCCCAAAAGAUGGUCACAGGAAUGGGAAGUCGAGUUGGGAAUCAGGAUAAUGUCUAAUGUUAUAUCACUGGGUGGAAAACCCACAGUAGGGGAUUGUGCUAUGAUACUGCGUGCUGCCAUUCGAGCUCCCAUGCCUUCAGCUUUCUUGAAAAUUCUGCAGACAACACACAGUCUUGGCUAUGUAUUUGGCAGUCCUCUGUAUGACGAAAUAAUAAUGCUAUGCCUUGAUCUUGGAGAACUUGAUGCUGCCAUUGCCAUAGUAGCAGACUUGGAGACUGGGGGAAUCAAGGUUCCAGAUGAAACCCUUGAUCUAGUAAUUUCUGCUAGGCUCUCAAAUGACAAUCCACUAAAUGGUUCACAAUAGCUGCAUGCCCUUGUAUUUGUAAUGGUUGUAUUAAUAUUAUUAUGAUGGUGGUGAUGAUGACUUUUAUUAUUAUACAUAAUAAAGUAAAUUAAUUGUUAGGUUGGUUUUUAGGAUUUAAUCCCCACUUUUUGGGUUGCAUCCAAUUUGAUAGGCAAUUAGGCAUUUAAAGAUGUAAUUUGUUAUACUAUUGCUGUUUUUGUUUUGUCGUCAUCAUCAUCAUCAUUACUCUUAUUACUAUUAUUAUUAUUAUGACUAGUAAUUAUACCCGUCCGUUGCAUGGGAGUAUAGUAACUACAUAGAAACUAAUGUUGUAAUUAGAAAUUGAAGAAUAUGUUAAGAUAGGAUGUAGGAUGUAUACAAAUACUCACAAGUGAACAGAACUAUUAUGUGCAAGUGUGUAACAACGUAUAUUAUGGUGUAGACCAAUUAACUUGUGAAACUUUCUACAAUAGGGUAAUAGUGUAUGUAAUAAGUGCUGUUUCUAAGUUCAACCCAGUGUUAGACCUAUUUACCAUUCAUAUCUUGCAACA